GAGCGGGACUCGGUGUCCCAGAGAGCCGUGCGCCGGGCCACGGAGCCACGCCCGCCGCCGCCGCCGCCGCCGCUCCGUGGGCUGAAGGGCCCGGGCGUCCCCGGGCGAACGGAGGCUGCGGUGGACUGACGCGAGCGGGCCGGUUCCGAGCCUCGCGCGGGACCUCGGCGCCUCCCGGGCUGCGGACGGAUGGUGCGAGGGCGGCGCGGCCAUGGCUCACCUCCGGGGAUUCGCCACCCAGCAGGGCAGCCUGUGCCGUCGGGCUCCAGAGCUGACCGGUGCCGCCUGCCUCUGUCCCGGCGGCCCCGCAGCACCCGCGAGUGGACCCUGAGGAGCUCUUCACCAAGCUCGACCGCAUCGGCAAGGGCUCGUUCGGGGAGGUGUACAAGGGCAUCGACAACCACACCAAGGAGGUGGUGGCCAUCAAGAUCAUUGAUCUGGAGGAGGCCGAGGAUGAGAUCGAGGACAUCCAGCAGGAGAUCACUGUGCUCAGCCAGUGCGACAGCCCCUACAUCACCCGCUACUUCGGCUCCUACCUGAAGAGCACCAAGCUGUGGAUCAUCAUGGAGUACCUGGGUGGCGGCUCCGCACUGGACCUGCUUAAACCGGGCCCCCUGGAGGAGACCUACAUUGCCACCAUCCUGCGGGAGAUUCUGAAAGGCCUGGAUUAUCUGCACUCAGAACGCAAGAUCCACCGGGACAUCAAAGCUGCCAAUGUGCUGCUCUCGGAGCAGGGCGACGUGAAGCUGGCAGACUUCGGGGUGGCCGGGCAGCUCACGGACACGCAGAUCAAGAGGAACACCUUCGUGGGCACCCCCUUCUGGAUGGCGCCUGAGGUCAUCAAGCAGUCGGCCUAUGACUUCAAGGCUGACAUCUGGUCCCUGGGGAUCACGGCCAUCGAGCUGGCCAAGGGGGAGCCUCCGAACUCCGACCUCCACCCCAUGCGCGUGCUGUUCCUGAUCCCCAAGAACAGCCCGCCCACGCUGGAGGGCCGCCACAGCAAGCCCUUCAAGGAGUUCGUGGAGGCCUGCCUCAAUAAGGACCCCCGCUUCCGGCCCACGGCCAAGGAGCUCCUGAAGCACAAGUUCAUCACGCGCUACACCAAGAAGACGUCCUUCCUCACCGAGCUCAUAGACCGCUACAAGCGCUGGAAGUCCGAGGGCCACGGCGAGGAGUCCAGCUCCGAGGACUCGGACAUUGACGGCGAGGCUGAGGACGGGGAGCAGGGCCCCAUCUGGACGUUUCCCCCCACCGUCCGGCCGAGUCCACACAGCAAGCUGCACAAGGGGACGGCCCUGCACGGCUCACAGAAGCCCGUGGAGCCCGUCAAGAGGCAGCCGCGGUCGCAGUGCCUGUCCACGCUGGUGCGGCCCGUCUUCGGGGAGCUGAGAGACAAGUACAGGCAGAGUGGCGGCGGCGUGGGUGCGCUGGAGGAGCUGGAGAACGCCUUCAGCCUGGCGGAGGAGGCCUGCCCCGGCAUCUCGGACACGCUGAUGGCGCACCUGGUGGAGCGCGUGCAGAGGUUCUCACACAGUCGGAACCACCUGACGGCGACCCGCUGAGGCUGCUGGUCACAGAGCAGGGACCGCGCCUGUCCCGAGCUCCGUGACAACUGUGCUGACUCAGAAGGCCUGCGUGCCAUCUCCUGCCUGCAGGACACGUCAGAGCCCAUGGGCCUCACGCGCCAGGUCACGGUCCCCUUCCCUGCAGUGUGCGGUCCCACACGCCCACCCCGUCCUCCCCCUGCUGGCUGUCGGAAGCUGUGCCUGGCAGCGGAGCCCCCAGAGGACCACGCAGCCCCGUGGCAGCCGGCGUGGCCCAGUCACCGCAGCAUCCCACGGGAGCUGGUCCCGGCCCUCUGUGGACUCACCUGGCGCCCAGACCAAGGGUCAGAGCGACUGUGGGGGCAGCUCUGCCUCUCGCCCCCUGAGGCAGCGUGGGGCCGGGGGAGCCCCCAGAGGAACAGCCUGGUCCUCCUCACCUGCCUGGGACAUGUCCUGCUGGGCCCAUGGUGGCCCAAGAUGGUCAUAGGUUUGCCUUGUGGUGUCAGAUCAGGUACUGUGUCUGCUCAUAAGUAUUCGUGUUCUCCAGACUGUUGUGUUUUUUAAGACAAGUGAGCUUGUUUCCCCAAGUGUUUGAGGUUAAGGUGUUAGUUUUCAUAGCACACUGAGAGGCCCCCACCACUUUCAAUAAAGACCUGAACUGGAAA